UUUCUAAAAGUUACGGUGAGAUCAAGAGAAAUACUGAAACGUCAUGGUGAUUUUAUACAAUUUCCCUAAAAUCAAUUACUAUCUUGAGGGCCGGAAAAGCAAGAUUGAAGCAUCACCAGAGGCAAGCGACUGGUUGAAUCGUGGUUUUGAGGCAUCACCAGACUGGAUUAUCUCUAAUUCUGUUUUUCCUUGGAACUUAUAUUUCAAGACUAGGGUGCUUCUGACAACACUCUAUAAGGCUGUCCAAAUUUAUAAGAAUUUGAUGUUCUAAAGGAGUUGAAGACAAUUUGAAUUUGUGUACUGCUUUGAAAUUUGAAUUCGACAUCAGUAAUUUGGAGCAGUAGGAGCAGUCGAGCGAUGAAGCUCUUCGAUUCCCACUGUCAUCUCCAGGACCCAAGAGUCUACCACUUAGCUCCCCAACUCAUUCAAACAGCUCAACGCUCUGGCGUACUUCGAUUUGCAGUCAAUGGGAUCACUGAGAAAGAUUGGCAUCUGGUCAAGGAGAUGAGUGAACAGCAUUCCAGUGUAGUUCCGUGCUUCGGUCUCCAUCCCUGGUUCGUUUCUGAGAGGAGCCCCAACUGGUUGAAUACGUUGAGAGAUUUCUUUGAGACUACACCUUCUGCAGCAGUUGGUGAAAUAGGCUUGGACAAAGGCUCAAGAGGAAAGGAAGUGAAUUUCACAGAUCAAGUUCAGGUUUUCUCCCAACAACUUGAACUUGCGAAAGAGUUGCAUAGACCGGCUUCAGUUCAUUGUGUUCGUGCCUUUGGUGAGCUGCUAGAAAUAAUGCAAAAUGCAGGGCCUUUCCCUUCUGGUGUAAUUCUUCAUUCAUAUCUAGGCUCUGCUGAGAUGGUUCCAGGAUUGGCAAAGCUUGGAGCUUAUUUUUCCUUUUCUGGGUUUCUUAUGUCCAUGAAACCACAGAAGGCAAAGCGGAUGCUGAAGUCGGUACCCACUGAAAGGAUUUUGUUGGAGACGGAUGCACCUGAUGCACUACCAAGAUCAAACUCAGGUUCUGUACUGUGGUUUGAAGGAAGUGCUUCUGACCUGCAAGGCCCUCAGAACCAUGGGGGAAAUUCAACUCCAAAUUUUGGUGGUAGCCCCAACGAUCCAUUUCAAGUUUCGGGAGAUAGCUCAACAGUGCCGAAGGAAGCACUGAAUCACCCAGCUAACAUUCGUAAUGUUCUUAGUUAUGUUGCAUCUUUGCUUGAGAUGCCGGAAGAAGAACUUGCAGAAGUCAGCUACAGAAAUGCAAACCGCUUGUUUUCUUAUCCGGGCUCAAAAAUACCAAGAGAAGAUUAGCUUGUUGUGUUUGCCUUUCCUCAUCUAGCAUGAAGCUCAAGAGGGCAGAAUGUUGCAGUAAAUUUCAGUUAUCUCUAAUUGUUCUCUUAUUCUUUUA